CCUGUCCCUGCUCACUAGCCCAUUCACAUCCCGCUCUUUUUUUGUUAAUCCUGAUCAGUAUACUCAAACUCAUCAUCUCUACGACUCUACUGAGUAUAUUUAUUCAUAUCUUCUCUGUGAAGUCGCUUUGUUUUGGGGGAGAAUGCAGGAGCAAGCUGCUACUAGUUCCAUUGCGGCCAGCUCUCUUCCUUCCAGCAGUGAAAGAUCUUCCAGCUCUGCCUUCCAGCUUGAAUUCAAAGAAGGCUUGGAAAGUGAUGAAGAGAUUAGGAGAGUGCCUGAGAUGGGUGUAGAAGCCGUUGGUCCAUCUGCUUCAGGCCGUCAUGGCACCUCCCUAGCGGGUCCUGCUCAGCUAUCAACCAGCGGUCAAAGGAAGAGGGGUAGAAGUCCAGCUGACAAAGAGAACAAGAGGCUGAAAAGGUUGUUAAGGAACAGAGUAUCAGCACAACAAGCGAGGGAGAGAAAGAAAGCAUAUUUGAUAGAUUUGGAGGUAAGGGUGAAAGACUUGGAAACAAAGAAUGCUGAGCUGGAAGAGCGGGUCUCCACAUUGCAAAAUGAAAACCAGAUGCUAAGACAUAUUCUGAAGAACACAACAGGUAGCGGCGGUCAGGAAGGACGGAAAUAGCUCUAUGUCAAUGAGAAGCCAUGGAGGAUUUAGCCUUAGUAGAAUAUUUAACCUGCUUGGUAGUGGUAUGGUAGUAAACUAGUAAUAUCUAUGCAAGUCUAGUAGGGGUUCUAGUAAUUAUUCUUUUUAUAAAAAAAAAAUUAAUGCAUAGUUUGACAUCACUGGUGUGAUAUCUUUUGGCUUGUCAAGAUGUAAACUAGUGUGUAUGUUGGUAUAGUAACUAGACUCGUCCUUUGGUUUGGUUGUAAGGGUGAAAAUGUGUGGUCUGAUUCUUUUUUGCAGUCUAUAAGAAGUGAUAGUUUGAGUUUUUUUGGGUGAUAAAUUGCCUCUCAUUUCCCCUUGCGCAGUUACGCCUAUAUGGCAUGCUAU